AUGAAAUCCUAAUAUGAUUACUCUUAAAUUUAAUAUGAAUGUAUCGUGGUUCGUAAACAUUUCAUCAGCGAUGUAAAAUAUUACUGCUAUGUUCUGAAUGAUUACCUGUUGAUGAGUAGGGUAAGAUUGCUCACUAUAUAGAAAGUUAAAGAUUAAAGACCAAAAUAUGUCUUAUAAUUGUAAUUGACGUAAUAAGUUGGAUGGAUUACAGAAUUGAAGAACAAUAAACUUUUAUUAAAAGCAUUUACCAUUACGUAUCAGAAUAAGUUCAAAGAUUUCAUAGGCAAAAUGGAGGACUUGCAGAAAAUAAGAGAACAUAUUAAGAAUAAGGUGACAUUUUCUAAGAUAUCGGACUUCUACGAGGCACAAUACCAUUUAGGGAAGGGGAGUUCUGCGAAAGUGAUACAAAUUAAAGAGAUUGGAGCGGAAUCAGCUAAGUUGGCAGCCAAGGCCAUAGAUAAAAAAUAUCUUUAAAAGAGUGAAUUUGGAAUGCAAGCAUUUUUAAAUGAAGUUGCUAUACUAAACUUUCUUAGUAGAAAAAAUAGUAAUUCACCAUUUAUAAGAUUAUAUGAAACAUUUGAGGGUGAUCACACAUAUUACUUAAUUUUAGAUUUGUUGCGUGGAAGAACCUUAGCAGAGGAAAUUGACUUAAUGAAAGAAUUGCUUUCCCUAAAGUCAGUAAAACUUAUUAUGUAACAGUUAUUGGAAGGUGUGAGAAUUCUCCAUGAGAAUAAUAUCAUACACAGAGAUUUGAAGCCAGAUAACAUCAUGUUUCGUGAAUAAAAUCAGUAUGAUACUCUUAUCAUAGUGGAUUUCGGAUUGUCAACAUUUACUGAUGUCUCUAAAUACUAAUUCCCAAAAUGUGGAACACCUGGAUAUGUAGCUCCAGAGAUUUUAAAUUUAAUUGAUAGAGACAUAAAAUAUGAUAAAGUUUGUGAUAUUUUUAGUUGUGGAUGCAUAUUCUAUAAGUUAUUAUUUGGACAUAGUUUAUUUUUUGGCAAUACUUUUAAUGAAGUGUUGGCUUAAAAUAAGAAUUGUAAUUUCGUUCUUGAUGGACGGGAUAUGGAUAUGAUAUCAAUAGAAGCAUAAAAAUUGUUAAAAAGAAUGCUUGCAAAAAGCCCAGCAGAAAGAAUCACAGCUAAGUAAGCUUUGGAAUCAGAUUUUUUCAAAACUCCAAUUAUUCAAUCUGCAUAAAACAUAAUGAAAUUGUCAAAAAUUAGUAAUAAUAUUAGCAAUAAAAACAUUUUUUAACCAACUGCUGAUGGAUAAUUAUCUGAAGCGGAAUCACCUUUCUAAAGAGUUUAAAAUAAAUUUAAAAAUUAAAUAGAUUUUGAUGCUGACAUCUCAGAAAAUAAGUCUUCAUUCAUUUAAAUUAAAUAAUUACCACAGGUUAAAAAGCCGUCUUGUGGUAAGAUGGUAGAUUCCUCUUUAGGAAGUUUUUACAUUAAAGACCCUUUAAGUAGCUUUAAAAAAUUAAAUGCUAUGUCUCUUAAAAAUUUGAGCGAGUCUUAAGAUAACAAAGUUAAUCAAUAUGAAAUUGAUUAAAUGUAAAGAAUCUCAUUAUUUAAUAGAUAAAAAGAAUAUUGA